AUUUUUGUUCUAACAUGUGGAAUACUUGUAAUGCUAUCCUUUACAGCCUCUGAAACCAAUACCGGUACCAGUCCUACUUCCAUCCCUGAAACAUAUAACCUCAUUAACGCUACGGGAAACUUACCAAUAGCAAAGCCGGGCUGCGAUACCAGCUGCGGUGACUUGAUUGUUCCCUACCCUUUCGGCAUAGGCCUCAACUCAACUUGUUCGAUAGGCGAUGGGUUUGACAUCUAUUGCAACACUUCUUCCAAACCCUAUAAAGCCUUUUUCAAAGAAGCUGGUCAAAACGUCUGGAUCAAAAAGAUAUCCGAUUCUACAAUCCGGACAUCCAAUCUGGUUGCUAGCACUUGCUACUACCCAGGUGGUAAAAUUAAUAAUUCAUACAAUAUCUCCUAUGAUUUUUCUCAUUCUCCCUACACUUUUUCACAACUAAACAAGUUCACAGUGGUUGGUUGCAAUGAUUAUGCUUGGCUGACCUCAAAAACUCAUCAAGGGUCUGAAGAUCAGGUGUCUACCGGCUGUAUGGUGUUUUGUCCUAAUCUGAAUUCGCAGGAUACUUCAAGUGACGAGUGUUCGGGGAAUGGUUGUUGUCGAUCAUCCAUACCCCGGGACAUUAGUUACUAUACAACUAGGCUCGGGAAGUUGAUGAUGAAUUCACCAGAUGAUGAGAAGAAUAAUAAUUCUUCGGAACGUUGUACAUAUGCAUUUGUGGGUGAGGAGGACAGAUUAUUAUUGAAGUAUAAUAAUGGUGCAGCGGGUUUAUUAGAUUCUAAUUCCUUUGUUAAAAGAAUUGAAGAUAAUGUCCCAGUAGUGCUCGACUGGGCCAUUGGUAACCUGAGUUGCGCUGAAGCCAGAGCAACACCAGGUUACGCCUGCCGAUCAAAUAGCAUAUGUGUUGACUCAGUUAGGAAAUCGGGUGGGUACCGCUGCCAAUGUAAUGAAGGCUAUGAAGGAAACCCUUAUCUGCAUCCUGGCUGCCAAGAUAUCAACGAAUGCGACUAUCCACAAAUCUACCCUUGUAAUGGUGACUGCAUUAAUACUCAAGGAAGUUACAAUUGUACUUGUUCAUCAGGAUACGUUGGUAAUGCAACUGUACCAUUUGGUAUUGAUCCUCUUGAAUUAAAAGGAACCACGGUGGGAUUCGUUUUGUUAGGUUUUUUCUUAGGCACUAUAAUGCUAGUUUUUGCAAUUUGGAUGAGCAAAGUAAUACAAGAGAGGAAAGAUAAGAAAAGUAGAGAGCAGUUCUUCAAAAGAAAUGGUGGAUUAUUGUUGCAACAACAUAUAUCAAAUGGUGAAGAUGCAAUUGAGGGAACAAGAAUGUUUUGUGCGAAAGAGUUGGAGAAAGCUACCGAUCAAUAUAACAAUAACAGAAUAGUUGGACGAGGUGGGCAAGGAACAGUAUACAAAGGCAUGUUACCAAAUGGAAAAAUAGUAGCAGUAAAGAAGUCCGUGUCGGUGGAUGAAACUCAAGUCGAGUCAUUUAUCAAUGAGGUAUUUUUACUUUCCCAAAUUAGUCAUAGGAAUGUGGUAAAGCUAUUGGGCUGUUGUUUGGAAACCGAAGUUCCAGUUCUCGUCUACGAAUUUGUCUCAAAUGGAGAUCUCUUCCAAUUUUUACACGAUGAGAAUUAUGAGUUUCCUACGUUGUGGAGUAUCAGGAUAACAAUUGCUACAGACGUUGCUGGAGCUCUUGCUUAUAUGCAUUCUGCGACUUCCAUUCCUAUAUACCAUCGAGACAUUAAGUCUUCCAACAUACUUUUGGAUGAGAAGUUUAGAGCAAAACUAUCAGAUUUUGGAAUAUCAAAGUCUGUCAUGGGAGAUCAAACUCACUUGAGUACCUUAGUCAAAGGGACAUAUGGGUACCUGGAUCCUGAGUAUUUUCAAUCAAACCAAUUCACAGAAAAAAGCGACGUUUAUAGCUUUGGGAUUGUUUUGGUUGAGCUUCUGACCGGAAAAAAGCCUAUAUAUUCAAUAGGCCCAGGGGAAUCACGAAGCUUGGCAUCAUUGAUUUUGUCAAUGGAUGAAGGGCUUAUCUUAGAAAAUAUUGAUAGUCGAGUGUCGGAUGGUCCAAAAGUGCAUCUCAUAGCAGUUGCUAAGCUUGCAAAAAGAUGCUUAAAUCUAAAUGGUAAGCUAAGGCCAACUAUGAAAGAAGUUGCUAUUGAGUUGGAAGGAAUAAGAUCAUCAAGUCAUUAAAUCACAUGAAUAGAUCUUUCAAGGUUUAGUCUUGUUUUAUAUUGUUUU